AUGUCCGGGCGCGGCAAGCAGGGCGGCAAGGCCCGCGCCAAGGCCAGAUCUCGCUCCUUUAGAGCCCAGCUGCAGUUCCCCGUGGGCCGAAUUCACCGGCUGCUCCGCAAGGGCCACUACGCCGAGCGCAUUGGGGCGGGCGCGCCCGUGUACCUGGCGGCGGUGCUGGAGUACCUGACGGCCGAGAUCUUAGAAUUAGCAGGAAACGCGUCCCGCGACAACAAGAAGACGCGCAUCAUCCCGCGCCACCUGCAGCUGGCCAUCCGCAACGACGAGGAGCUCAACAGGCUACUGGGCGGUGUGACCAUCGCGCAGGGCGGCGUGCUGCCCAACAUCCAACCCGUGCUGCUGCCCAAGAAGACUGAGAGCCACCACAAGGCCAAGGGCAAGUGA